GGAGCCGGAGCUGGGGCCGGGGCAGGCGGCAGCGCUCGGGGCCCCGGGGCUGCUCCGCUGCCGCCGCCGCUCCGGGCCCGCCCGGGCAAAGUCCCCGCGCCAUGAGCGGCCGCCGCCCGGCGUUCCCCGGCCUCCCAGGGGAGCUGGUGCUGGAGGAGGCGGCGGGCGCGCGGCAGCGCUGCGGCAGCGACGGCUCCGUCCCCGGGACGCUGCUUUGCACCAACCGCCGCGUCGCGUUCGUGCCCGCGCAGGGCCCCGGCUCCCCCCGGCCCUUCCUGCCCAGCGAGCACGAGGUGGCGCUUCCCUGCAUCCGCAAGCUGGUGGCAGCCAGCAGCUUCACCAAGCCCAAGGUGCUGACGGGCGCCUCCACGCUCAAGUUCAUCCCAGAGGAGCUGGCCCUUUUCUGCCGGGAUUUCCGCCUCCUCCGCUUCCACUUCCAUGAGAACGGGCUGGCUCCGCAGGCGUUCCGGGUCGCCAACGCCAUUGCCCAGGCGCGGGAGGAGGCUGCGUGGUUGGGGGAUGCAGGUGAGGGAUGUGAUGGAGCCCGGCCGGGGGAUGACGAGGGUGAGGAUGAGGAGGAUGAGGAGUCUGAGGACGGCUCCUCUGCCACGCUGCUCUUCGAGAGCCUGCGGGACUGGGAGAAGGAGCUGAAGCGCCAGGGAGCUGCAGGCUGGAGGGUGAGCGCCGUCAAUGAGCGCUUCGACAUGGCCCCAAGCCUCCCCCGGUACCUGUGGGUGCCCAGCGGGCUCCUGGACCACGACCUCAAGAGGCUUUUCGCGCACUUCGAGGAGCGCCGGGUGCCCCGCCUCUGCUGGCACCACCCGGGCGGCAGCGCCCUGCUCAGAGCCGCCGCCUUCCACGCGGGGUCGGAGCCGGGCAGCGAGGACGCGAGGUGCCUGGAGGCGCUGCUGCUGGGGGGCCGCGGGCCCUGCGUGCUGGUGCGCACCGCGGAGCUGCCCGGCCCGGCCGACAUCCAGCUCGCACACCUCAAGCUGCGGGCGCUCUGCCUGCCCGGCGCCGCGGCGGAGGAGAAGUGGCUCUCGGCGCUGGAGGGGACGCGGUGGCUGGACCACGUCCGGAGCUGCUUGAGGAAAGCCGUGGAGGUGGCAUCGCUGCUGGCGGGGAGACGCUGCACUGUGCUCCUGCAAGAGCCGUCGGACCGGGACCUGAACUGCCUGCUGGCCUCGCUGGUGCAGCUCCUGGGGGACCCCCAUUCCCGCACCCUUCCCGGCUUCCAGAGCCUGCUCCAGCGGGAAUGGGUGGCAGCCGGACACCCCUUUCCCCAUCGGCUGGGGCUCCUCCGUUGUGACAGCCCCUGGGAGGAGGCUCCCGUUUUCCUGCUGUUCCUGGACUGCACGUGGCAGCUGGUGCGGCAAUUCCCGGCGGCGUUCGGCUUCACCGAGGCCUAUCUGCUGGCCCUGCAUGACAGCAGCUUCACCCCCUACUUCAGCACCUUCCUCUUCAGCUGCCAGCGGCAGCGGGGCCACGGCAGCCUGCACCGGCCCCGCAGCCAGAGCUACCACCCGGUGAGCGGGGGCCGGGAGCCUGGCUCCACGGUGCUGCCGGAGGUCUGGGAAUGGGGCCUGCGCUACAGCCGGCAGCAGCGGGAGCGCUUCCGGAACCCGGCGGGAGCUGCCUUGGGAACCCCCGGCACUGCAGAGCCUCAGCCCAACCCUGCCAGCCCCUGGCCGGGCGCGGGGCCCGGGCCCGUGUUCCUGCUGACCAAGGGCGCGCUGUCAGCCCAGCCCCUGCCCUGGAGGGGCGGCCGCCCCCCCCCGCACCGCUCCCGCUGGGCCCCGAGCCUGGAGAGCCUGGGGGAGCCGGGGGGGGGGCGGCCGCCCCUGGGGCUGCUGCUGCCCUGCGCCGCGGGCCCCUCCGUGCGGCUCUGGGCACGCUGCUACCUGCGGGGGCUGCCCGAGGCUCAGCGCGGGCGCUUCGCUCCGUCUCCGGCCGGGCUGGCGGAGGAGCUGCUGCUGCUGCAGGACCGGCUCAGCGCCCUCACUGCCUGAGGACACGGGGCCGCCAUGGGACCCGGGGAAUGGGCCCCCGCCAUGGGGAGGAGCCCGGGAUGGGAUCCCCAGCACCCGCUGGAUCCUUGCCUCCCAUUAAAUUCCUGCUACCUCCGCCGA